GUGGUUGUAUAAACGUCAUCUUUAUUUGUAGGUUAAAGUUAAUAAAGCUGUAAAUGUAAAAAUAAAAAUAGGAACAAUUAAAAAGAGUUGUGUUUGAAUGUGAAUAUUCGACUGUAAACCGUAAUAUUAAUUUCUAUUUACAAAAACUAAGACAAUGGAUCAAAACAUUCCAAUAGAUAUAAACACAAAUAAAUUACUCGACUGGUUGAUAAGUAGACGAAUCGUUAAUGGUGAAUGGCAGAAAUCUAUUCUACCUGUGAGAGAGAAGAUCAACUCAGCCAUCCAAGAUAUGCCUCAGCAUCCGGAGAUCGCCCAGUUGCUUUCAGGAGCUUAUAUAAACUACUUUCACUGCAUUCGUAUUGUCGAAAUACUGAAGGAAACUGAAGCAGACUCAAAAAAUGUUUUUGGCCGUUAUGGAUCACAGCGUAUGAAAGAUUGGCAAGAAGUGGUACGGAUGUAUGAAAAAGACAAUUUAUACUUAGCUGAAGCUGCACAUUUACUUAUUUCAAAUGUAAAGUAUGAAAUACCCAACUUGAAGAAACAAGUUGCAAAAUGUCAUCAAAAUCAACAGGAUUGUGAGAAGAGAGCUGCUGAAUAUGUGAAAAAUGAGAACUCUGCUCGAAAUGAGCUAAACACAACGUACAAACAACUUGGCCUAACGGGUCGUAAUGUAAAGAAAGAACUUGUAGACCGACUCAGCAAACUGCCAGAGAUCUAUCAGCAAGUGGCGGAAAACAUUGCGUCUCUCCGUUCUGCCCUCAAAUACUACUCUGCAUUCUCACAAUAUGUGUUUGACAGAGAGACUAAUGUUCUUCCACUUCUUACCUUUGUCAGUGACAGAGGAAAUGUUACAACAUACGAGUGGCUUUUUGGAGAGAAACCUGCAUCUGUAGAAGAGCCCCCAACUCCUAAAUUUGAUGAUGAACCAGAAGCUAAAGAGGAAGAGAUAGACUGGGGAGAUGUUGACAAUAGUGUGAAUUAUGAUAUAGACUAUGGUAUCACCCUAGAAGAGAGUGGUAUAGAAGUAGAGUGUGAGGAGUCCACAGCUGGAGUAGCCCGUGGUAAGAAUGCUUUGUUACUACUGGACAAUCCUGACACCAGGGAGGAGGUUAUCAAUCAACUGCUUGAGCUGGAGUCAUUCCUAAAGAUUCGUCUUUUAGAGAUGCAAGGUGAAUCUGAUCUACUGGUGAUCAGUCAACUCAAUGAGACAACUCAGAGUGUGGCGGCCAUGCUGGACUGUGUGCAGCUUACCAAACAGCUGAUUUUGGACCCAGCAACUCAACACUUGCACAACAUCAAACAUUCACUGAAGUACGUGGACAGUUUAGCCUCUAGCGUGGAGCACAAACAGGGCCUGGUAACCAAGAUGGCCGCCAGUCAGGAGGCUGUCAUGGCUAGGGGCCGAGAGGCAGGCGCUGAGGCUCAAGAUUUGCAGGUCAAACUGAAACUGGUCAUCAGUAAGACCAAAGAGCUUCAAGCUCAGAUUGAGCAGGACAUUUCCAAGAAGUACAAAAACCGUCCAGUUAACUUAAUGGGAGGAGUGACAAUGAUAUAGUGCAAUAAAAACGUCAUAUUUUGAUGAAAA